AACUAGAGCCGUCUCUCCGAAAUAUUUUUCCAUGGAAACACUGAAAAAUCUUUCCCCUCCUUUCCUCCUCCACUACUACUACUUAGCAGUAGCACUUUUUGUUUAGUGCCCUUGUCAAAUUUAAUAAUCUCGAUUAAACGAGCAGUGUUCAAAUUCUCUAAUAAUCAUUAUUAUUCUUCAAAUGAUAGAGUAACUUUGACUGAUAAGCGUUCAAAUCUCUAAAUACCGCCAGCCGGGAGCCAUCGGCCUCCCCGCAAGCAGCCUCUGUUAUUCCAUGGCCUCCACCGGAGUUUGUCUUUUCCCCGCCCGCCUGCCAUCCGUUAUCCGUCAGGAACUGACGUCGUCAUCAUCAUCCGGAAAAUCUAAGUUCAAUCCGAUCUCGACUCCAUUUCGGAGGCUAGCCGCUGUGUCUACUGACCACACUCCGACGAGCCUGACCACAGUGAAUAUCGGAAACGGCAAGGCCUCUGAGAAGGAUGCUCAUACGACGACGACAAAGUCAGCUGCAGAGACGAAGAGGCAGGCUGGUCAGGAGGAGAAGAAGUUGGAUGCGGAAGAGCAGGGCCUGAGCUUGAAGGAUUACUUCGAGCAAGCCAAGGAUUUCAUCAGCUCCGACGGUGGCGGUGGUGGUGGACCGCCUCGCUGGUUCUCUCCUUUGGGCUGCGGUUCCCGCUUGGACAAUUCUCCUCUGCUUCUUUUUUUGCCUGGAAUUGAUGGGACUGGACUUGGGCUCACAAGGCAUCAUCAGAAACUUGGAAAGAUUUUUGAUGUCUGGUGCUUGCAUAUUCCUGUAAAGGAUCGAACACCAUUCACAGACCUAGUGAAGCUGGUUGAAAGAACAGUUCGAUCCGAGCAUCGUCUCGCUCCAAAUAGGCCUAUUUAUCUUGUUGGAGAAUCUCUUGGAGCAUGUCUUGCGCUUUCUGUGGCUGCCCUUAACCCUGAUAUUGACCUUGUUCUAAUUUUGGCUAAUCCAGCUACGUCCUUCAGCAAGUCCCAACUUCAACCAUUAAUACCUUUACUGCAGGUCAUUCCUGACUCACUUCCUCUUAGCCUUCCUCACAUAGUGAGCUCAACGACAGGUUUUCUGAUGGGUAACUUGGUGACGGGACUUAGACGUCCUCUGCCACAGACAGUUGAGAAGCUAUCACGUGAUCUUCUUGCGUCAACGUCUUACCUCUGUGCUCUUGGUGACAUCUUACCUCGAGAAACACUUCUGUGGAAGCUACAAAUGAUUAGAUCAGCAUCUCAAUAUGCCAAUUCACGUCUCCACGCUGUGAAAGCUGAAACGCUGAUACUUUCCAGUGGACUGGAUCAGUUGUUACCUAGUCAAGCGGAAGGAGAAAGACUCAAACGCACCCUUGCAAAAUGUGAGAUUCGUACGUUUGCCAACAGAGGUCAUUUCCUCUUCCUGGAAGAUAAUUUUGAUCUGGUAACUGUCAUCAAGGCCACUUGUUUCUAUCGUCGUUCCAGUACUCAUGACUUUGUUACUGAUUACAUACCACUAACGCCUUCAGAAGUCAAAAAUAUAAUUGAAUCAAACAGAUUUUUAACCAUGGCCACUAGCCCAGUCAUGUUCUCAACUUUAGCAGAUGGGAAGAUUGUGAGGGGCCUUGCCGGGAUUCCUUCCGAGGGCCCUGUAUUGUUUGUUGGUUAUCACAUGUUACUGGGGUUUGAAAUGGCUCCCUUGGUAAUUCAGAUGUUUGAGGAAAGAAACAUCCAAUUGCGAGGAAUAGCACAUCCGAUGAUGUUUAUGAAGUUCAGAGAAGGAAAGUUUCCUGAUCCCUCUAUUAUAUUCGACACAAUCAGACUUCUGGGUGCAGUUCCUGUCUCUGGUGCAAACUUAUACAAACUCCUCUCCACCAAGUCUCACGUCCUACUAUAUCCAGGUGGAGUGCGUGAGGCUCUUCACCGGAAGGGGGAGGAAUAUAAGUUAUUCUGGCCACAACAGUCGGAGUUUGUGAGAAUGGCAGCUAGAUUUGGAGCCAAAAUCGUGCCUUUUGGCGCUGUUGGAGAAGAUGAUAUUGGUGAACUUUUAUUGGAUUACAACGACCAAAUGAGAAUUCCUCCACUCAAGAAGUCUAUACAGGAGGUAACAGAUGAGGUUGCGAAAGUGAGAAUUGGCGUUGGCGGGGAGGUAGGAAACCAGGAUGUACACCUGCCAGGAAUCAUACCGAAAUUUCCAGGCAGGUUCUAUUAUUAUUUUGGAAAACCAAUUGAAACAGAAGGGCGGAAGCAGGAAUUACGAGACAGGGAGAAAGCUCAUGAACUGUAUUUACAAGUGAAAUCAGAAGUUGAGGAUUGCCUUGCUUAUUUGAAGGAGAAAAGAGAGAAGGAUCCUUACAGAACGUUAUUGUCUCGGAUACAAUACCAGGUCAGACAUGGCUUCACAUCUGAAAUUCCUACAUUCGAUAUCUGA